AUGCCGAAUUUCUAUCCAAGGGACAUUCCCACCCUGUUAAUAUCUAACAUCGCUCCACAUCCCUCGGUCAUUCCCCACAUUCUUUCUACAGUUAAAAGUCUUGACGAUGACCUUGCAAAGCUGCAUCACACGCUAAAGUACAGGACCCAGGCAGAGAAACGCCAGAUUUUAACAGAGAGAGAGCAUAUACUGGAAAUACGACGAAAGUAUGCCUCCGUCAUAUCCCCGGUCAGAAGGCUCUCGGACAAACUAUUGGAAAAAAUUAUUCGCUAUAACGCCUACAACCAUCAAGAGUUGUGCACCUAUAUGCUUGUAUGCUGGAACUGGAAUAUGGUUGCUUCGUACUUCAUUCAUCAUUGGAACGACAUCCAGAUUAACCUAUGUUAUGACGUCUCACUCGAUAGUAUUCAGAUCAACGACUUACCUUUGGUGGCACAUCACUUCGAGCGCGCUAGGCCACUUCCAAUGGAUGUUACCAUCGAUUAUAACUUUGAUGGUGGCAUUUUCUACAACAAAUCAAACCGUGUUCUGAACCAGCUGGGAAAUCACCAAUAUUGGAGAUCUCUUGCAUCCGGACCUUCUGCUAUUUUUCUUCUCAUGCACAAGUCACGUCGGAGAGACCUCUCCAGUCUGGAGGAGAUUGUGAUUUGCUCCAAGCAGGGGCAAGAGGAGCUUCGAUUGUGUGGGCUCGACAUCCGCGCGUUGGUUAGCUUGACGCGACUUACAAUACAUGUGGAGGAUAGAAUCCACAACAGCUACCCAGGAGGAAUUCUCGUUGACUGGUUUCGUCUCACGCAUUUGGAUCUUGACGGUCUUUACUCUGAGGCGUCAGAUUACUUGGACAUUCUCGCAGCUGCAUUAUUUCUUGAGGUCUGUACCUUGAAGCUUCAUAAGAGUGCCGUGCCCAUUCGAUGUCCGCCGGUCCCAGUGGGGUACCGUUUGGUUCUUCCAAAACUGCGUGAGUUCUCUUUGAACGGCAAGGAAUGUCCCACAUUAUUUUUGAAAUACAUCGCAACUCCACGACUCCAAAUGCUCGAAAUUACAUGGAAAGAAGCACACGAUCUUAAAUGUGCGCCGGGGCAGGAAAUUUCCAGGUUUAUUGUCGAAUCCAAAUGCAAAUUGCAUUCUUUCAGUCUACAAUCAUACAACAUCCUUUUCAGCGAUUUGGAAAUGGCAAUGAAGACUAUGAUCUCCGUCGAAUGUGUCACCCUUCGAAUUUCAAACUCAAAUUCACUUCCAAUCAUCAAUAAACCCUUGGGUGAAAAUGACUACUCCGUCUGA